AGCAUUCUAAAUUACAGAAAUGGAGACGCCGCCAGGUGAGGCGCGCCAAAAGGCAGCAACAUUGAUAUGGGUGGAACUAGCUAGUAGUGAACUUUAGUUAGCAAAUGUACUUAGGUGCAGAGUAUGGAACCCUCAGAGCAUCCAGAAACCUCUGGCUCUUUUCAGAUGGCCAAUGAGAAUGUGCACCUAGACCUUCUAUCCACACAGACUGAUAUGAACCUGUUUUCUGGGCACACCAAUAUGGGCCUGCUGCCUGCUCAGACUGAUGUAGACCUACUGUCUACACAGAGUGAUAUGGACCUACAGACUGAUAUGGAUGUGACCUACUCAAGCUCACAGGGAACAGAGGGACAAAGUGGGCAGCAGCAGAACCUUGAUGAGCUGACAACCUUUCUCACCCAAUCUGAAAGAGAGAGGCAGAAAACUCAGGACAGCCUGAGCAUCCUGGGGGACCCAGACUCAUUGGAACUGUCCAAAGCCCAGGUGGAGGAGUUUUACAGUCGCACAGUCCUUCCCGGGCCCUCAGACCUUCCCGGGCCCUCAGACCUUCCCGGGCCCUCAGACCUUCCCGAACUUUCAGGCCCAGCUACAGGCCUCAGUCAGGAUGAGUGGAGCGGGCAGGGCCACACAGAAGCCUGGCCAGAAAUGGGCGCUGAGCCAGGGACAGACAGGCUGGAGGUCACAGAGGGAACUCAGACUGUAACUGGGACACCGAUGCCGGAGACGGGAGAGGAGCGAAUGGACAUAGUACUGGAAGAUCCCUCUGCACCUUCUCAAGAUGACGUUGAUCCAAAUAUGCCUUCUAUAGUCAGUGUAGAGGGUUCACACUCUGAGGAUGGUCCAGGCAAAGAGGAAGCCUUGUCAUUCUUUGGAUUGGUGCCAAAGGUAGAAGACACAGGCACAGCAGAGAAAAAGAAUGAGAGAGAACAACCAGUGAGGGGCAGUAUGUCCCCACUAUCAUCCUGGGCCCAGCCAUUGACACCAGGUGAAGCUGAGGAACAACCUGAAACUGAGGUCGCCAUUGAAGAUCCAAAAGUUUCUCAAAGUGGUCAAAAUACUACGGGGAGAAAGAGAGGCCGUCCUCGUCGUGGAGAAGUGAGGAAAAACAUUACGUCUGAUGGAGACCAGCUAACAGACAGCGACUCUGACGAUACAACUGACGAUCCGAGGGACACAGACUUUGACCCUGCACGGUCAGGCCUCCGACGCUCUACCAGGGCCUCCCAAAGGAGCCACAACACCCUGUCCCCCCGGCUCAUUGCUCCCAAGCCGUCUGGCCCUGCCUCUACCCCUGGGUACACCCAAAGGUCUGGAGGACCCCCUCCACCCCGACUGCCACCCCCUCGCCAGCCUACCAGAGUCCUCUGUGCCAACUGCAGUGGAAUGCUGCAGAGUGGACAGACAGCCUACCAGCGCAGGGGUCAGCCUCAGCUCUUCUGCAGCUCCACCUGCCUUAACUCCUUUGGCAAGAAAGCUCCCAAGAAAAAGCCCUGUGCUUUUUGUAAAAGGGACAUGGGGAAUAGUAAGGACACCAUGCUUGCACAGGUUGGCCAGUCACAAUCCUUCCAAGAAUUCUGCAACAACACUUGUCUUUCCCUGUUUGAGGCCCGGCUGGAGAAGGGUCUGAAACAGCCCCUCAAACCAAGUACCCCUGGCCAAAGAUGCAGUGUGUGCAACCACAUGCGUGAGAUCAACCAUGAGGUAACCAUGGGCAAUGUGAUUCACCUCAUGUGCAGUGAUGCCUGUUUCAACCGUUUCCGGGCCACCAAGGGCCUGAAGACCAGCUGCUGUGACGCCUGUGGCACCUACAUCAACACCUUCACCUCCCGGCCCGAGUACCUACUGCAUGAGGGCCAACAGAGGAGGUUCUGUAACUCCUCCUGUCUCAGACUCUAUAAGAUGAAAAACACUAAGGUGCUCUCGUGCCAGUGGUGUAGGACUCUGUGUAAGAUCUUUGACAUGCUGUCUAAAGUGGAUCAGUAUGGCAAGACCAAACACUUCUGUUCUUUGUGCUGUAUCGCUUCACAUAAAGUGAAAACUUCUGGGGACACAGUUCCCAGUGAAGCUUGCUGUUUCUGCAAAAGAAGCCCCUCUGAACCGUACUACUGUAAAGCAAAUGAGACCAUUUACGUCUUCUGUAGCCCUAGCUGUUGGAGCACAUUUCAGCGCAACAGUCCCAAUGGAGACCUCUACUUCAACUGUGUCUCCUGUCAUAACAUGUUCAAUGGGAAACCAGAAAUCUUAGAUUGGCAGGACUCAAUAUAUCAGUUUUGCUGUAAGGAGUGCUGUGAGGACUACAAGCGCCUGAAUGGUGUGGUUUCUGUGUGUGAGCACUGCAAGCAAGAGAAACCUCUGCAUGAGAAGAUGAAGUUCUCUGGGGUGGAGAAGUCAUUCUGCAGUGACGGUUGCAUACUACUAUACAAGCAAGACUUUGCUAAACAACUGGGCCUGUGCUGUAUAACUUGUACAUACUGUUCUCAGACCUGCUCACGGGCGGUCACAGAGGAACGGGAUGGCAACACGUGGGACUUCUGCAGCGAAGAUUGUAAAAGCAAAUACUUCCUGUGGUCCCUGAAAGAAGCAAAGUGCCAUGCCUGCAAGCGUCAAGGGCAGCUCCUGGAGACCAUCCACUGGAGGGGAGAGAUCAAACACUACUGUGAUGAGCCGUGCCUCCUGCUCUUCUACAGCCAACAGAACCAGCCCAACCUAGACACCAAGCAGGGCCCUGAGAGCCUGCUCAACAGUGCUACAUGUAAUUCCCCAGAUUCUACGCCUCCCCCUGCUGCUACAAAGACAAGUGAAGCCACAGGAAGAGUAUUGACAAGAACUGUAGCCAAGUCUGCUUCUCCCGUCACUCCACCUAUCUCCCAAAGGAACAAAUCCUCCAUGUGUAAACCCAUGAUGACUACUACCGGUGUCACAUGUAAACCUGAGAUGAAGUCCCAGAGUUCCCAGACAGAUGAUUUCUUGCAGUCUCCACCUGCGAUGUUGCCAGUCCCUGUGCCUGUGUUUGUUCCUGUGCCUUUGAAUAUGUACUGUCAAUACACUCCCAUGACAAUGGCCCUGCCUCUGCCGCUCCCAGUCCCCAUGUUCCUACCUGUCACACUGGAUCAUAUCGAUAAGCUUGUGGAAUAUAUAAAAGAGCUGAAACUCCAGAUCCCGUCUGAUCCACUGGAGGCUGACAUUCUGGCCAUGGCAGACAUGAUAGCAGAGGAGAAUAAAGGCAAGGGCUCCUCUGAUCUGUCUGAUCUGGACAGUGAUCAGAAAGCAGGCCCAUUGCUGAAGGACUACAGCUUAUUUGAGUCUUCAUCCCAAGAUGACAUCCUCUCCAUGGCCGUCGAUAUGGAUGAUGUACUGACUGAGCCAGGUCAAGACCCAGUAGAUGAGCUCACCAAAGCUUCCCUGGACCUGAACCCAAAUGUUGAUUUUCUCUUUGACUGUGGGAUGCCGCCUCAUGCUACUUCACCAGAGCAGAGCUCCAACGUCGCUGUUCAGAAGGGUCCCAAGCGUCAGGCUAUGCCAGAGACGACCUUACAUGAUCCCCUGGACAGUCAGCCUCUUGGUGCUGGCUUGAACAGCUCCCUUGGGGUCAAAGCCUGGAAGUCAUGGUCCCAAAGCAAGCACUCAGACGCUGAUGACAGAAAACAGAAACCAUUAGACCUUCUGUUGUGUAGUCCUGAGGAACUGAACCAUGGCUUGUCACAGUUUGUCCAAGACACUGUUCAUCCCAGAGGACCGUGCUACAAGCCUGACAGCAUAUUUUACCUAUGUCUUGGUAUUCAACAGUAUCUCCUCGAAAACAGCCGGAUGGUGAAUAUAUUCACAGACCAGUUAUAUGUCACCUUUGCCCAGGAGCUGAAUAAGAUUGUCAACAAAUGGCUGCCAUCUAACGGUGGUCUCGUGUCUCGUGUCCUGGAGGAGCACCUGUGGGAGUGUAAACAGCUGGGUGUGUACUCACCCUUCGUCCUGCUCAACACCCUCAUGUUCUUCAACACCAAGUCCUUUGGCCUGACCACCGUGGAGCAGCACCUCCAGCUCUCCUUCGCUACAGUCACACGCCAGGCCAAGAGGAGGUCUACACCACAUGGCAUGGUCAAGUCAUUUAGUGUCUGCUACCACCCCAAAUCACAUCACAAGAAAACCAGCAAAGAGGUCGGCUUGGGAAAGAGGAAACGGGAUGAGCCUUCUGAGCUGGAGCAACAAGAGAACCGGAUGAACCCUCUCAGAUGCCCCGUCAAAUUCUUUGAGUUCUACCUCUCCAAAUGCUCUGAUGGUGUGCGGAGCAGCUGCAGUGCAUUCUACCUGCAGCCAGAGGGCACAUGUAUGGCCGAGAGUUCUCGCUGGUACUCUGACGUCCCCAUGGACAAGGGCAGGCUGGGAAUUAUGCUCAACAGGAUCCUGGCUGUCAAGGAUGUCUAUGAUGAGCACCCAGCACAGGAAGACAUGGACUGACAGCCGCACUGAUAGAUUGCACAACAAGUUUAUAUAGUGUACAUUGCUGACAUGGAAGCCGCUAGCACAAGGGAUGACAAGCAUAACUACAAUGCAUUUUUGUUCCAUGUUUUUUUCUAUAUCACCCCUACACAAAUAGUUCAGUGAGCAUUUCCCCCCCCAUAGAAUUACCAUUAUACACUGAGUGCACAAAACAUUAGGAACACCUUCCUAAUAUUGAGUUGCACCCCUCCCCCAACCUAUGUUCCCAGAACCGCCUCAAAUUGCCUGGGCAUGGACUCUACAAGGUGUCGAAAGCGUUCCACAGGGAUGCUAGCCAUGUUGACUCCAAUGCCUCCCACAGUUGUGUCGAGUUGGCUGGAUGUCUUUGGCUGGUGAACCAUUCUUGACACAUGGGAAACUGUUGAGUGUGAAAAACCCAGCACCGUUGCAGUUCUUGACACACUCAAACCGGUUGGCCUGGCACCUACUACCAUAACCUGUUCAAUGGCACUUCAAACUUUUGUCUUGCCCAUGCACCACCAGAAUGGCACAUUGUCACAAGGCUUUCAAAUCCUUCUUUAACCUGUCUCCUCCCCUUCAUCUACACUGAUUGAAGUGGACUUCACCUGGCCAGUCUAUUUUAUGGAAAGAACAGGUGUUCCUAAUGUUUUGUACAGUUAGUGUAUGUACAGAAACUUAAUAUCACUGUAGUAUACCUCCGUCAGUUCAGGUAAUCUAUUUUGAAUGCUCAAGUACUUUGGGCACUGUCAACGACAACUGGUUGAGACUUCUUGUCUGUUGUUCGUAUUGAAAACUCAUACAUUUGUUUUUUUUUUAUGAAGUGUACAGAACAGCUGUAUUAUAGAAGUACUUUAGUUCACAAAUCCAUUUAAUUGAUACUGCAUUUCACCCCCUACGCCAGCCUCACUGGAUUUUGUUUCAUUCAAAAGCUUAAUGUUCAGAUAGUGAUGAUAUUUACGUGUUCGUUAUUUAGCAGACGCUCUUAUCUAGAGUGGCUUUACAGUAGUGAGUGUAUACGUUCGUCUUACUUUUUUAGUACUGGUCCCCGGUGGGAAUCGAACCCACAACCCUGGUGUUGCAAGCGUCAUAUUCUACCAACUGAGCCACAUAGGACCCUAUAUAAGCAAUCAUUUUCAACUUAAACACUUUAAAUCUGUGUUUACCAUGUGGCCAGUGAGGGGAGAACCAUUUAUUGCUACCAGAUGUUCACAUGUACAGUAUCGAGAAGCUCAUAGUAAUGGCCCACUUUUUACUUCAUAGGUAAUGUAUAUACACUACAUGUCCAAAAGUAUGUGAAUACCCCUUCAAAUUAGUGUAUUGGGAUAUUUCAGCCACACUUGUUGCUGACCGGAGUAUAAAAUUGAGCACACCGCCAUGCAAUCUCCAUAGACAAACAUUGACUGUAGAAUGGCCUUACUGAAGAGCUCAGUGACUUUCAACAUGGCACUGUCAUAGGAUGCCAGCUUUCCAACAAGUCAGUUCAUCAAAUUUAUGCCCUGCUAGAGCUGCCCCGGUCAACUGUAAGUGCUGUUAUAAGGAAGUGAAAACAUCUAGGCGCAGCAACGAUUCAGCCGCGAAGUGGUAGGCCACACAAGCUCACAGAACAGGACCACCGUGUGCUGAAGCAUGUAAAAAUAGUCUGUCCUCUGUUGCAACACUCCCUACCGAGUUCCAAACUGCCUCUGGAAGCAAAGUCAGCACAAUAACUGUUUAUCAGUAGCUUCAUGAAAUGGGUUUCCAUGACCAAGCAGCUGCACACAAGCCUAAGAUCACCAUCCGCAAUCCUGAGCGUCGGCUGGAGUGAUGUAAAGCUUGCAGCCAUUGGACUCACCAUCUGGCAGUCUGAUGGACAAAUCUGGGUUUGUUGGAUGCCUCGAGAAAGCUACCUCCCUGAAUGCAUAGUACUAACUGUAAACUUUGGUGGAGGAGUAAAAAUGGUCUGAGGCUGUUUUUUGUGGUUCGGACUAGGCCCCUUAGUUCCAGUGAAGGGAAAUCUUAAUGCUACAGCAUACAAUGACGUUAGAGACGAUUCUGUGCUUCCAACUUUGUGGCAAAUGCCGACUGCGAGCCAGGCCUAAUUGCCCAACAUCAGUGCCCGACCUCACUAAUGCUCUUGUGGCUGAAUGGAAGCAAGUCCCUGCAGCAAUGUUCCAAAAUCUAGUGGAAAGCCUUCCCAGAAGAGUGCACAUACUUUUGGACAUGUAGUGUAUAUUGCCCCUCAUUUAAUCAUUUUUUAUUGUAUCAAUCAUAACCAUUCAUUUAAACAAAAUAAGCCUAACAUCGUGAUAGAAUAGUUUUUUAUUUACUUCAUUUUAAUCCUGCUUAGAUUGUGUUGUCUUUAAUUGACAAAAUAGUAUGUUUUAAUGCAUUUUCAGUCCUGAAUGUCUUGAGAAAAGUUGAAUAUGUACUAUAAUGUUUAUUUUCUGUCUUUUUCUAAUUAAAGGAUGCAUAUAGAAUUGA